AUGUCUGUCAACGUUACUAUUCAUAAGCCAGACGAUGCUUCAGCUGAGUUACCUCCUCCUCCUUACUCAAGAGAGCCAAGAACGUCAGAUACAGGCGCUUAUGGUAGCAUAAAUGAAGAACAAGUAAGGCUACUGGGCAAUACACCUCCUAUAUCAAAACAGUCCAAUAAUAACCGUGGCUUCUCUGACGGCCCCCAUGCAUAUCAUACAAACGUUCAGACAGAAGAACCAGUGGAGCGUACCUCAAGUAGAUGUCAUCCAAGCUGGUGUGUAUUUAUAUUUGUAGCUAUAUUAGUCACCAUUGUUACAUACACCUUCAAAGCCAAGUCAGUACGAGGCGGCCGUUGCUCAGGCUUAGUGCCCUGGGAAAAGUUUCCAGAGGCCAUUGAAUUUGAAAGGAAUAUUAAUAUUACUCUAGAUGGUCGAACAUCCAGUGGCCAACUUACGAUUAUUCCAGUUGAAUCUGGAGGAAGAAUAAAGGGCACUAUCGAGGUUACACCUGACCUUCAGGAGAAUAUAUCCCUUGACAUUGACGGCAAUAGCAGUAUAACCACAGUAUUGCUCAAGACACCCAAGUGGGCGCAUAACUGUAUCCGUAUUAGUAUGGAUGUAUAUUUGCCUUAUGAUACCCGAGAAGUCUUUAUUACGUUUAAUAAUGUGGAUGUAAAAGUAGAGCCAUUAGUGAAGGACUUACAGAAAUUACACAUCAAGAACGCCAAUGGAGACAUCACAUUAAAUAACUGGACCGGAAAGACUUUGCAAAUUAAUAAUGCAAAUGGAAUUAUAUCUGUUACAGAGCAGCUGAGAGGAGAUGAUCUCAUCUCUAUCAAAAAUAAAAAUGGUCCGAUUGACUUGAUGGACGUGGAAACCAAAGGAAAUGCGUAUCUUACAACCUCGAAUAGUCGCAUACAAGUGCUAGGAUCACUUCAAGUGGAUGAUCAAGUUCAAAUUCAAUCAGCUAAUGGCCCCGUUCAGUUAUCAGGGCGCGUUGCAUCAAACAGGUUCAAUGUUGAAACAGCCAAUGGAAACAUUCAAGUGUUGGAUGAAAUAGUGGCCAAAGAACAAGUCAUUCUUCGAACCUCAAAUGGGCACAUUGUGGCGAAUAUUGCUGGUGAAAAGAACAAUAAUGUGUUUAUAGCAUCCAGCAACGGUUGGAUUGAUUUACAUAUGACCAAUGAAUUUGAAGGCAAGUUUGCAUUCACCACAUCUGGUUCAGGCAAGAUUCAUGUAGCGCAAGAUGAACAAGUACAUUAUGUGGAAAAUAAUAACUAUAUCAAGCGAGGCUAUCGGCAUAAAUCGGAUGAUAAGGGUGAUCUUACAGUAAUGACUAGUAAUGGAGGCAUUAAAGUCGCGUUUGACAUUGACUCGACUUCUAAUGAAUAA